AUGGGGGUGAGGGCUUCCCCCAAAUCCUACCAAGUAACCAGCACAACACAACUCGCAGACAAGUGGAGAACGGAGUCUGGGCUGGAGCACAACACCACGUUCACCACCAUGCUCACAGCCACGCCUGAACAGCUGCUCCGCCUUGUCUUUGCUGGAAUCUGUGGCCUCAUUCUGCUGGUGGGGCUGCUGGCCAACAGGCUCAUGCUGCUGGUGUUGGGCCAGGGCCCAGGCGCCCCCUGCCCGCUCCUCACCCUGACCAACAGCCUCAUGGUGAACAUCACACUGUCUGACCUGCUCUUCCUGGCCUGCAGGGUGCCCAUGCUGCUGCUGAGCUUCCUGCAGCAUGACUGAUGGCUAGGCCCUGCCGUCUGCACCACCAGCCAGGCUGUCAGCAUGGCCACCAUGUUCUGCACCCUCUACAGCAUGGUGGCCAUGGCUCUCCUGCACCACGUGGCUGUGGCCUGGCCUGACGUGGCCCUUCUGGCUGGCUGGGGCCCCCGGCUGCUGCUCUGUGGGGCCAUGUGGGUCCUGGGCAUCACUGCAUCGCUGCCCAACUGGCUGUUCCAGAGAGUGGUAGUGAAGGAGGCAGCAGCGGGGGCCCCUGAAGACUGGGCCUGACUCUUGCUCCUGAGCCCUGCUCGGACCUCCUGCUAUUUCACUCUGCUGGGAGCCCUGGCCUUCUUGCCCUGUGUGCUGGGGCUGGGCUGCUCUUUCAGCCACGUGGGCUGGCUCCUGUGGGCACAGCCCCGCAGCCCUGUCAGGGAGAACGUCUGGGAGCACCAAGAGAACACGUGGCUCAUCCUCGUGGUGCUGGUGGGCUUCGUGCUGAUGUGGGGGCCCUGCUCCGCGCUGGGCUAUGUGGCGGCUGAAGGACUCCAGAAACUCUUCUUCAGGCCACUGGCAGCCAGGCAUCACCGGGGCGAGGAAGGGGUUGCUGUGGUGAUGGAAAGUGGCCGGCCUGCCCAUGACAGGGUCCCAGGAGGCCUAUGGGGUCUGGCAGGGGUCUGA